AGAGUACAUACGUGGCUUAGCCCAAACGACAUGUCCUUCAGACCAAUCUACUACUCCCUAUUCGUUCUCUUCGUCGUUCACUCAGCCGCCGCUGAUGAGCCGGUUCCUACGCCAUGGCCGGAGCAGUUUCACGCAUUGUUGGUGAUGAAUAAAUCCGGAUCCUUGGAAGUUCUGGAUCUUUGGUACGACUGGGUCAAUGGACGUAACUUUAACAUCAUUCAGAAGCAGCUUGGUAAGCUCACCUAUGACCUCGAAUGGAACAAUGGCACUUCUUUUUAUUACUCCCUCGACGAAUCCAGAACCUGCCGCACCGUUCAUUUCGAGGUUGGAAUCUUGAGGCCAAAUUGGCUAGAUGGAGCAAACUAUUUGGGUCAACAACAAGUAAAUGGGUUUUUAUGCAAUGUAUGGGAGAAAGUUGAGUUCUUACAGUAUUAUGAGGAUGUUGUCACCAAGAGACCUGUACAAUGGAUAUUUCAUACAGGGAGGGAAGCUCAUGUGAUGACAUUUGAGGUUGGAGCUGUCCUAGAAGACGAGAAAUGGCAAGCUCCUGUCUAUUGUUUCCACAAUGAGAAGAAGAUGAAGCAAAGUGAGUGAUAAAGAUUGUGUGUGUUUCAUUAUGAUGUUAAGAGAGUUUUGAACCGUUCAAUGAGGAAGUCAUUUUCGUUUUUUCUAAUCAAAAACUUGGGUUUUAUGUAAUCUAGUGGAACAUAAAAAAAAAAAGUAGAUGUCUUAAUCCAUAGGCCUUUGUUGGGCUUUCACUA